AUGUCCAAAAUAGCAUCAAGACCUUCACCUAAUACGUCGGUAUCGGUAGAGAUGGUUCGGACCAAUCUACGCAAAUCAUUAGACGUGUAUCUACAUCAUCGACCGGUAGUACAGAAGAUCUUGACGGCAGGAUUCGUAGCUUAUUGCAUUGGAACUACUUUCGCGGCUGUAAGUGGACGAACGACGAAGACUAGUACUUCUUCGGGAGGAGGAAGGAGGGGAAAAGGCAAAGAUGCAAAGAAAACAGCAACAGCAUCACCUGCCGAUCCAUUAUUUCAUAUAAGGUUGAAACGAUUGCUUCGAAUAGUUAUACCAAGUCUGAAAAGUAGAGAAGCUGUAAUGUUGGCAUUACAUUCUGCUUUUCUAGUUGCUAGAACAGGCUUGAGUUUAUAUGUAGCUGAGUUGGAUGGAAGAAUCGUAUCGUCUUUAGUAACUGCUCAACCUGCUCUAUUCCUAUUGAACUUAGCAAGAUGGUUGUUAGUUGCUAUUCCAGCUACUUAUACAAAUUCAAUGUUGGAAUAUUUGCAAUCCGAGUUGGGACUAGCAUAUCGAACGAGACUUACGAAACACGCUUUACAAACAUAUCUUGAUCCAAUCCCACCCUCAUCCAAUAUCAAUUCCACUUCCAAGUCGUCUGGACAAUCAGAUCAGUCUAAAUCCAAAUCGGAUAUGGCGAUGGCAGUGGAUAUGGAGAAGAUGUCACAAUCAGAAUUAGAUUCUCAGAUAUCGGGAGAACAACUUUUCUACAAAUUAGCGAAUUUAGAUGAUAGGAUUAAAAAUGCAGAUCAAUAUUUGACUGUUGACAUUCAACAAUUCAGUAAUAAAUUGGCGGAAAUAUAUUCAAAUAUUGCUAAACCUGUUUUGGAUGUAAUACUAUACAAUUAUCAAUUAUCGAGAAAUGUCGGUGCAGAAGGUUUAGUCAUUUUGACCAUCUUGGUUCAAAUGAGUGCUGGCUUGUUGCGAGCUAUCACGCCUCCGUUCGGUACAUAUGCAGCUCACGAAGCUAAACUUGAAGGGGAACUUCGAUUCACCCAUUCUAGACUGCUAGAAUCGGCCGAAGAGGUAGCUUUAUACCAUGGAGAGGAGUUCGAAAAGAACGUUAUCGAAAGAGGUUACUUUGCACUUGUCAAGCACGCUAACCGAGUCCUGAGGAUACGAGUCUGGCAUGGAAUGGCUGAAGAAGGUGUAAUCAAAUGGGUUUGGGGUAGUUUAGGUCUUUGUAUCUGUGCUAUACCCGUAUUUGCCGGUGAGAUGUUGGGUAUGAAAGGUGGAGAUCUGGGUACGAGGACUGAAGGCUUCGUGACCAAUCGACGUUUGUUGCUAUCAUCCAGUGAUGCCUUUGGAAGGGUCAUGUACAGUUAUAAAGAACUGGCAGAGCUUGCCGGUUAUACAGCGAGAGUGUCGGAUCUCUUCGAGUCUAUGGAAGAUGUCAAAGCGGGUCAUUACCAGAAGAAAUUAGUCAGCAGUGCUAAGAUUGAAGACAACGCAAAGAUGCUGCAAGGUCGAGGGAAGAUCAUAGAAUCGGAUGAGAUACGAUUCGAUCAAGUCCCUCUGAUCAGUCCAAAUGGCGAUGUACUCGUGAAAUCCAUGAGCUUCAACGUUGAGCCUGGAAAACAUCUGUUGGUGGUCGGACCUAACGGCUGCGGCAAGAGUAGUUUGUUCCGAAUCCUCGGUGGACUUUGGCCAGUAUACGGCGGCACUGUAUACAAGCCUCCCGCACGAUCUUUCACGUAUAUCCCUCAAAGACCGUAUCUCUGUACUGGUACCUUGCGAGACCAAAUCAUAUAUCCUCACUCUCAAGUCGAAAUGAAGGAGAAGGGUGCCACAGAUGAGGACCUGUCGAAGAUCCUGGAGGUAGUGGAGAUGGGUCAUAUAGUUGAGCGCGAAGGUGGAUGGGAUUCCGUUAGAGAGUGGAGAGAUGCUUUGAGUGGUGGAGACAAGCAGAGGAUCGCUAUGGCUAGAUUAUUUUAUCAUAAGCCCAAGUAUGCCAUUCUGGAUGAAUGUACUUCAGCUGUGACGCUGGAAAUCGAGAAAGUCAUGUACGACCACGCUACAGCAUUGGGUAUAACUUUGAUGACAGUAAGUCAUCGACCAUCAUUAUGGAAAUAUCAUUCAAUGGUACUACAAUAUGAUGGAGCUGGAGGAUAUAUCUUUACUGAGCUGGAUGCGGAAAGAAGGUUGGCAUUACAAGAGGAGAAACAAGAUCUGGAACAUAAAUUAUUGGCCGUGCCGAAACUGAAAGAAAGACUAGAAGAACUGAAAGCUGUUAAAGCUGAAAGGGAGAAGGUUAGUUCUAGGCAAUCGUUAGGACCGCUCUAA